AUGACAGAAGAAACCACAGACCUGGACGAAGAUGCAUCACAGAAAACAGAAGACCUGGGACCCCUUGACAGCAGAACCUUCCAACAAGUCACGAACCUCCUGGACAUCAUGGACACGGAGCCCUCAAAGACAGACACGAUUGGCUCCGGCAGUGAUAUGCGGAAGACCAUGGCCUCGGUGAUCAUCACAGAGAAGGCCGCCACGGAGCCCUCUGUGGUGAUGGACGCGCUCAUCCACUGUCUGCAGGUGCCCAAGAUCUCCAUCCAACGCAAGAUCAACAUCUACAACAUCCUCCAGGCCAUCAUCCAGCAGGAGGGAGAGCUGGAGGAGCACUGUGUGCAAAGGCUGGUCACCAUUGCCUCCAAGGAGAUGAGGGAGAGCCCCCAGAUGGACAACUAUGUGCAGGCAGAGGUGGCCAGCGACACUCUGGUGGCUCUGUCCCGAAACCACUUCAACUUGGUCAUGUAUGAGCUGCAGCACAACCUCAAACCCCUCAACCUGGCCGAUGAAUUUGUCAUCAUCACCUUGGCCAAGCUGGCUAAUGGCAGCGUGUUUGAGUUCAUGCCAUACAUGGGCAUCACCCUGGCGACCCUCUUCACGAUGCUAAGACUGGCCAAGGAAGCCAAGAUGCAACAGGUGAUCUGCAGUGCCACGGAGACCUUCUGUGAGACGACGCAGUUUUAUCUGCGCCACCUGGAGGACAGCCUGUACCCCGCCAUGACCGAGGAGCAGUUUGCCAUCAAGCUCUUCCCCUUGUAUCGCUACUUUGUGACCGCGUGGCUGAAGCACUCUUCGCUCGAGGUGAAGCUGGGGGUCAUCAAGUCCCUGAGGCCCAUGCUGAACCUCCUCCUGCCCAACGACGACCUGCGGGAACAGGUCUAUGACUACGUCCCCCUGCUGCUGGCCGAGUACCAGGGGGGCUUGGAGGCCCUCUUCGUCACCCAGGUAUUGAGGCAGAUUCUAGAAAUGUCCGUCACCACCCAUACUCCCAUCCCUCAAAUUCACUUGCACCCUAUGUUCAGCGAGUUACACGUGCAGGUGUGCAACAAGGCCCCAGCCCAUCAUCAGUUCAGCAGCCAGAACCUGAUGGAGAUUGUGCACUGCUUCAUAGCCCUCGCUCGCUCCUACCCCAAGCAGCUGAUGAAGUUCUUCUUCGAUCAGAUGGAGGCGAGCAAGGAGGCCGUCCGCGUGGGGACGCUGAAUCUGAUCAGAGCAGUGGUGAGCGCGGACGAGCCCGAAAUGAACACGAUGGCCAUCAGCCUGGCCAUCCGGGUGGUGAAGAACACCCUCUCUGACGGCCGCUCCAAGGUGAGGAUGGCCAUUCUGCGCAUCAUUGGCCAGCUGGCUCUGUCUGGGCACCAGGAGACGAUCAAAGGCUGGGGGCUGAAAUACGUGUCUGUGCAGCUGACCUUAUCCACCUACAAACUGACAAAUCACCGGAAGUGCUCUUAUAAGAGGGAACUGGAGGAGAAGAUGGUCCAUAAGGUUACCAUGGAAACUGUGAAGAUCAUAACCUCUUCUGUCCGUGGCAUGACCAAUGAGUUCUGGGUGAGGCUCCUGUGCUACAUCAUGGAGACGGAUUACACCGAGGCUUUGACGCCCAUCUGCAUCAGCCUCACCAACCUGGCGAAGCACCAGCUCCAGGAGGAGAAGGAGGUGGACACCAAUGGGACCGGCAAGAACAAGCUUGUGGAGCUGCCUGCGCCUCAGAAGCUGCUGGCCCGUCUGCUGGUACUGAUGUCCUCGCCCUACAAAGGAGAGGGCCGGGGCCUCGCCAUGCUCAACCUCCUGAGGACCCUGCGCCACAGCAUCGCACCUGCCAUGGCAGACGUGUGGGAGGUGGACAUCCUGCUGCUGGUCCGGUACCUGGAAGAACACACCGAGUUCACCUGGAAUCAGAAGGCGUGGGAGGACCAGCUAAUCCAGUUUCUGAGAAACUCCCUGAAGAAGACCCGAGGGACCAGCUGGAGCCUUCGCCUGAGCAAAGAGCUGAACAACCAGAUCGAGAACUUCAGCAGCCCCUCUCUGGAAAAGGGCUUUCUGUACCGGGCCUUGGGCUUCUCGUUGGCCAUGGGCCUGGAGGCCAACAGGGUGGAGGUGCAGCUGCUGGAGCUGCUGUACAAGACAGACUAUGGCAAUGACUUUGACCGGGAGGGCGUGAUCCUGUGCUUCGGCCUGUGUGCUCGGGGCCAGGUGAACACGGUGCUCAGCGUGCUCUGUGAGUUUGAGGAGAAGAUCCAGGAGUCGGAGCAGUCGUGGCAGAUCAGCGCCUGGCGGAAGGACCACCCCUGGAAGCGGGAGAGCGUGAAGAGUGCCCUGAUGGUGAUGUACAGCUGCGUGUCCUCUUACUGCCACCCCCAGCUGCUCCCCACCCACGUGGACAGCCCCAUCACCGCCAAGAUCAUCCACCACUACUGCAGUAGCUGCCAGGACGUCAGACUCAAGAUGGCCUUCAUGAAGAGCGUGGUGCAGGUCACCAACUCCAUCAGGAGCAUCAGGGACCUGGGCGACUUCCAGUUUGCCCACAAGCCGACUCUGACCGGCCUUAUCUUGGCCAUCAUCAAGGCAGAACCUGUGGACCAUCUGGUGACUCCUGUGCGGACAAUCGCCAUAGAGACUCUCUCCCACCUGAGCACACUGAAGCCUUUCUACUCCACAGAGGAAAGCAGCGAGCUGAUGGAUAUCAGUAUACAUUCUGUCAUUUCUCUCCAACCCCCAGAAGAAGACAAUGAGUCCAUCAAGACCCUGUAUGCGAAAGCAUUGAGCUCGCUGGAGAAGCUGAUGGAGUGCCUCCUGCGGAGGCAGCCCGACCCCAAGGGGCUACAGGACAUGGUGCACCUCUUGGAGAAGUGGAUCUUGUCGGAGAAAGAAUGGGAGCGGGAGAAGGCCAUGCACCUCCAUCUCCCUAUGCAGAUCUACAUCCAGACGAUGAGCGUCUGUAUGCCCCUGAGGCUGGGGCAGUUUGGCAUGCUUGUCGGACUCAGCCCGUACACCUGUGACAGCCACAGAAGAACCCGCAUCACCUCCAGCGAUGUCCUGUCCACCCUGCUAGGGCUUCACGCAAGCCAGACCUGCUCCUUGUGGGACGCUUCCAAGGAGAGGGAGCUGGAGAAAUGCAAGGAGGACCUGCGGGGCACGGACACAGAGAAGAUUUUCUGUGCCUCUUCCAGAAUUGCCAAGGCGUUCUGCAUGGAGUUUACCUGCGACGAGGUGGUCUCGCUCAUCGAGAAGCUCUGCGAGCACAUUGGGGCCAUGGACCCGCCGCACGACAGGGCCGCCGUCACCUGGAUAGGCAUCUUCCUCCAGAUGCGCGUCAAGGAGCUGGAGGACAAGGUGGCCGAGGUCCUGGGCGCCAUCCUGGCCCACUUGCCGGUGGCGGACCAGGCGGAAGUGCGGCGGCCCCUCAUCGAAGGCGUCCUCCUGCUGGCGCUCCACCACCAGGAGACUGUCCUCACCUCGCUCCUGAGGCAGCCCCUGCCCAUGGAGAGCCACCUGAGGCAGGUGUGGCGAGCCGUGGCGGGGAACGCGCCCUUCGCGAGGACCGUGCUCCGAGGCCUGCUGGGCCGGCUGCAGCUGCAGUUCACCCCCAAGAUGAAAGCCGCCUCCAAGGCCGACGUGUGGCGUCUGGCCGCCGUGGACCCUCUGAUGACCCAGUGUGCCAUCUACCUGCUCCUGGAGAAGAUGGACAAGGACGACGCCUUCGACCUGUUCCCUGACCUCAUCUACACCUUCCUGCUGCAGCUGAGCAGCAGCCACGGGCCCCAGGCCGCCUCGCCUGCGCUGAAGACCUGGAGGCCGGCGCGCGCGGGGCCCCUGCCCAAGGAGACGAGCCUGCAGAGGGUCACCAUCAAGUCCCUGCAGCUUCUGCUCCGGAGCGCCAGCAGCGAGCCCCUGGCCCAGGCGGCCGGGGAGGAGCCGUCGGUGUGGGCCUUGCUGCAGGACCGAGGGACCUUCCUGGAGGGCGUGAGCCUGCUGGCCAGGCUGUGCGUUCGGAACAUGGAGGCCCAUAAGCGGAGGCUGUCGGAGCUGGUGCUCGGGGGCCUGGGCUCCGACGUCCUGAGCUGCCGCGUGAGCUGCGCCGCGGUCUGUGUAGAAUUGAUGAGCGAUUCGGUUCUGCACCGGGAGAAACUGCUCAAGUCCGCGGUGCUGCUGCUGGGGCAGGGCGUGGACCAGGAGGAGGACGAGGCCCUGAGGGUCCUCUCGCUGCGUGCCCUGGGCCACAUGGCCCUCGGGGCCCCCAAGAAGGUGAAGCGGCACCGGAAGAUCUUGCUGGGGAAGUGCCUGGACUCCCUGCGGGGCCCCGGGAGCAGCAGCGUGGCCGCCGAAGGCAUGGAGGCUCUGACUCUGAUCCUGCCUGAGCUCCGAGACGGUGACAUGGGGUCUUCUUUUAAAGCCAUCUGCAAGCAGUGCAGGGGUUUCUUUGACCAUGAGAACGAGCUGCUGAGGUUAAAGGCGUUCACCCUCUUUGGGAGGCUCGCAAAGGUGGUCGGGAUCUCCAAGAAGCGUUUCUUCAAAGGAGAAGUCAAGAAGGCCUGGAUUCCCCUCAUGCUGCACUGCCAGGACCCCUGCUCCAGCACAGCCCAAGCCUGCAUGGCCACCAUGUUCCAAUGCGCACACUUCUGGGGCUGGAAGUCCUGGGGGAGUCCCGCAGAGGGAAGCGACGCCAGCAACAGCGACGAGAUGACCAUGUUCCAGAGCACCGUGUGCUCCUUCCUGACUCAUAAAAAGCCUGCUGUUCUCUACGGCUUCUUGCUGGAAACAAUGGCCUACACUGAAAACAACUUCUCGAGAAUCAGAAUUGCCGCCUGCAACUUGGCAGGAAUUAUGAUGGAGCAGAUGCCUCCCUGCUACCUGAAGCAGCUGGAUUUUGAGGCGCUGCGGACUUCGCUCCAGGAGCUGCAGCUGGACGCAGACACGGGCGUGAGGAGGGCGGCCCUGGACGCCCUCCAAGUCCUGGACGGCUGCAGUCGGCGCGGGCCCGCGGCUGCACCCGCGAGUGUCGGGAGCGAGCCCACGUAGGACAG